CUUCAUUCCUUCAUUCCCUCCUUCCCAGCUGACAGGCUGCUGCUCCUGCUCCUCCUGGGUCUCCUGAUCCUCCUCCUCCUCCUCCUCCUGGGGGUCUCCUGGGGCAGGAUGAGCCCCUGCCGGUACCUCCUCCGCUCCCUCCUCCUCCUCAUCCUCGCCGCCUUCUCCGCCAACGCCAGCAACUGGCUGUACCUGGCCAAGCUUUCGUCGGUGGGGAGCAUCUCGGAGGAGGAGACCUGUGAGAAGCUGAAGGGCCUGAUCCAGCGGCAGGUGCAGAUGUGCAAGAGGAACCUGGAGGUCAUGGACUCGGUCCGGCGGGGGGCACAGCUGGCCAUCGAGGAGUGCCAGUUCCAGUUCCGCAACCGCCGGUGGAACUGCUCCACGCUGGACGGACUGCCCGUCUUCGGCAAGGUGGUCACGCAAGGGACCCGGGAGGCGGCCUUUGUGUACGCCAUUUCCUCCGCCGGCGUGGCCUUUGCCGUGACCAGGGCCUGCAGCAGCGGGGAGCUCGACAAGUGUGGAUGCGACCGGACGGUGCACGGCGUCAGCCCGCAAGGUAAGGAAAGCCUGCCUAGAGCAAGUUGCCAUCGACAAGAUGCUUCUGAUGAACCGACACAAACUCCCGGCUGUUUCCUAGGCUUCCAAUGGUCCGGCUGCUCCGACAACAUUGCCUACGGAGUGGCCUUUUCGCAGUCCUUCGUCGACGUCCGGGAAAGGAGCAAAGGGGCCUCCUCCAGCCGGGCGCUCAUGAACCUUCACAACAAUGAAGCCGGGAGGAAGGCCAUCCUGAGCCACAUGCGAGUGGAGUGCAAGUGCCACGGCGUCUCGGGCUCCUGCGAGGUGAAGACCUGCUGGAAAGCGAUGCCUCCCUUCCGGAAAGUGGGCAACGUGCUGAAGGAGAAGUUCGAUGGGGCCACGGAGGUGGAGCAGCAGCAGCAGAGGAGGGGCGGCUCCUCGUCGGCCAAAGUGCUGGUGCCCAAGAACUCCCAGUUCAAGCCGCACACGGACGAGGACCUGGUCUACCUGGACUCCAGCCCGGACUUCUGCGACCACGACGCCCGCAGCGGGGUCCUGGGCACCGGCGGGCGCCACUGCAACAAGACCUCCAAGGCCAUCGACGGCUGCGAGCUGAUGUGCUGCGGGAGGGGCUUCCACACGGACGAGGUGGAGCUGGUGGAGCGCUGCAGCUGCAAGUUCCACUGGUGCUGCUUCGUCAAGUGCAAACAGUGCCACCGGGUGGUGGAGAUGCACACGUGCCGGUGACACAAACGCAUGCGCGUGACGGACACGGAACUCUCUCUUUUUACAAACUAUAUUUAAAGCCCCGAACGCACGGCUCCCUGGGCGAUUCCUCCGUCGGUGGGAUCGUCGGGCCACUUUGUCCAUCGUUGAAGCCAUCUCUUCCAUCUCUUCACCGAAGUUCUCUCUUUUUUGUGGAGAACCAGAACUCUAAUCUUUUUUUAUAUAAAGAGAAACAAUAUUUAAA